CUCCAGAUCCAGCCAGCGCGCGCUCUACAAAUUUUACUGCACUGUUUACUUUAUAAUUGACAUUGCAAGACCGACGUAUUUUCACACUUUUACAGAGAAAUCAGAGGUUCAUUCAAGAGUAACCAUGGCAAUGCAAAUGCACAAUGCUGAGCAGGAAGUUUCUGAGGAAUUCGGACCACUAGGUAUCAGCAGACUUGAAGGUAGCGGAAUAAGUUCCAAUGAUGUGAAGAAGCUAGAGGAAGCCGGCAUGCACACUGUGGAAUCAGUGGCGUAUUCAACCAAGAAAGAACUAUGUGCUGUCAAAGGUAUCAGUGAGGCUAAGGCAGAUAAGAUCCUGAAUGAGGCCCAGAAGCUUGUUCCAAUGGGUUUCACCACUGCUACUCAAUUCCAUCAACAAAGGUCAGAGAUUAUUCAGGUCACAACUGGCUCGAAGGAACUUGAUAAACUUCUACAAGGUGGUAUAGAGACUGGCUCUAUCACUGAAAUCUUUGGAGAGUUCAGAACUGGAAAGACUCAACUCUGUCAUACUAUGGCUGUUACUUGUCAGCUUCCUAUUGAUAUGGGUGGAGGAGAAGGAAAAUGCUUGUACAUAGAUACAGAGGGUACAUUCCGACCAGAGAGACUAAUUGCUGUAGCAGAUAGAUACAAUCUAUCAGGAAGUGAUGUUUUAGACAAUGUAGCAUACGCUAGAGCCCAUAACUCAGAUCAUCAGUCUCAACUUCUCCUUCAAGCUUCAGCUAUGAUGGCAGAAUCAAGGUAUGCAUUGCUGAUAGUGGACAGUGCUACAGCACUUUACCGUACAGACUAUUCAGGACGAGGUGAGCUAGCAUCAAGACAGAUGCAUAUGGGACGCUUUCUAAGGACAUUGCUCAGACUUGCUGAUGAGUUUGGUGUUGCUGUGGUGAUAACGAACCAGGUUGUUGCUCAAGUAGACGGUGCAGCGAUGUUCACAUCUGAUCCUAAGAAACCAAUAGGAGGUCACAUCAUGGCUCAUGCUUCCACUACAAGGUUAUAUCUGAGGAAAGGUCGAGGUGAGACCAGGAUAUGUAAGAUCUAUGAUUCCCCAUGCCUUCCUGAAGCCGAGGCAAUGUUUGCUAUCAAUGCUGAUGGUAUCGGUGAUGCCAAGGACUGAUCGUAUCAAUGCUAUCACAAGGAAAAGUUUAUGAACUCUUUAUUAUCACUGGGCCAACCUGAGGUGGCCUAUCUUGUAUGGACAUAGGUUCAGUUAAAGAUAAAUGAAAGUAGUUGCAGUAAACACUGAUUUCACAAGAAAGUCAGUAAAACCAGGCUUCAUUGUUACUAUAUCAUCGAGGAUCUAGAUCUGGUACUGUUACAUAAACUGAACUUUGUGAAAUCUUGAAAUCUACGCUGAAAAAUGUUCACACUGAAGAUCACCAACACAGAUAAGCACCCGUGGUAUGAAUGUCGGCCCGACACUUGACCCGAAUCUUGUGGUUAUUUGCUAAUUUCUCAGCAAUUAUACAAUUUCUUCCAGAAUCCUUUGGCACAUGUUUUGUAUUUAUAUAAACAGAAGAUGCUUUGGUGGUCAUUUCAUUGGAUUCUGUAUGAACUUAUUUUGAAAUUGUCACAACUGGCAUUUACCUUUAACUCUUGCUUCGGAUAGAUGAGAUCAUAGCGCACCGUAGUGGUACAUUGAGUCGGGAACAUUGGAACAAUAUCUAUGAAGACAAGAGUGGGAAUAUCCUGAUCAGUCUGGAUGUCAUUCAUUAAUGUCAUAAUUUCAUACUCCAUGCUAAUCGUCUCGAUGCAUCUUCUCCCAUAUUUUCUGUAGAGAUUGAACUCCUGAUCGAGCCAUUUGUACAUAGCUUGUACUACCAGAAAAUUUCUUUAAUAUUGUGUAUUGUAUGAAAGGACAUCAAUUCAUUUACUACUCAUGCUUUGUUACAUGUAUUUACUCUGUAUGUAGCUUACAUUGUUCAGCAGAUAAUUUCUUGUUUUUGUGAUCAAUAUAGUUACCCUAAUAAGACGGGAGGAGGGGGGGCGAUUCAGCCCCCCCUCAAGAUUUUUUUGUGAUUAAUCCGCUGUGCAAAUUUUUUUUACUGCGUUGCUCACUGUUUACUCGUGCAACUUUUGAGACCCAAAUUGCAACUACCAAGUUCACGGUUCUGAAAUUAUGCAACAUUUUGUAAGUGUAUGCUGACCCAAAUUUGUGUACAAAUUCAAUGUAAAUGGAUUUUUUUGCCAAAAUUCAUUGAUGUAUCAUUAUUUCCCCUUGUACUGAUUAAACUCUAAUAAUUUCAUCUUAUUUAUGGUCAGAAUAAUUUCCAUCGAAAAGUUAAGAAUACUUAGCAGUGAAAACCAUGUUCAGAAAUGUUAUAGAUUAUAAUCACAGCAGAUUCAAAGAUAAUUA